GCAAAGCAUAUCCACUUCGUCUCCUAAAGAACAAUACCAACUAUUUCUCAAGAUUUUUUCAUCAAUGGCCACUCCAAUUUUGUUCCUCACAUUCCUUGCUAUAACUUGUUCCCUUGCUUUGGCAUCCGAUCCCAGCCCACUUCAAGAUUUUUGUGUUGCAGAUCCAAACAAUCCUUUGAAAGUGAAUGGCCUAGUUUGCAAGGAUCCCAAACUUGUUGAAGCCAAAGACUUCUUCUGGAGUGGAUUGAAUGUAGCAGCCGCCAUAAACAACCCCGUCGGCUCUCAAGUAACUCCUGUCAAUGUUGCCCAAAUCCCAGGGCUCAACACUCUUGGCGUCUCUCUUGCUCGCAUUGACUUCGCCCCAUGGGGCAUCAACGCUCCCCACACGCACCCUCGCGCCUCCGAAAUCUUGACAGUCCUUGAAGGCACACUCCUUGUUGGCUUUGUCACCUCCAACACAGAAAACCGUCUCAUAACCAAGACGUUGAACAAGGGCGACGUGUUCGUGUUCCCUGUGGGUCUAAUUCACUUCCAACAGAACAUCGGGUAUGGCCCUGCAGUUGCCCUUGCAGCUUUGAGCAGCCAAAACCCAGGUGUUGUUACCAUUGCAAAUGCAGUUUUUGGAUCAAAGCCGGACAUCUCCACUGAUAUCCUUGCAAAGGCCUUCCAAACUGAUCCCGCCAUUAUAAGCAACAUUCAGGCCAAGUUUUAGAGAGUAUCAGGGUUUGAUUCUGGGUGUGUACUGAUCUUCAUAUUCUAUUUGUAUUGUUAUGGUCUCGUUUGGUAGCUGUGUCGUCUUGUUUUCAGUUUGCCUAUGAAGGUUGAUUCCUUAUUGUAUUCAUUUUCAGAAUUUGUCUCAAUUCUAGUAUACGUGAGAUUCUUCAAUUUAUGAAA